GGGUCUUAUCAGAAAGGUUUGUACUGGUAAGGAAGCAGAACACGAGCGGAGCUAACUUUUCGAGGAAAUCUAUGAACCACUCGAGGGCACUAGUACUCCGCUCUGUGGUUCAUUGGUGAUGCGAAUUGUGGGUUAAGUGGAGUCUGUGAUAGGAGUCGGCCAGAUGGCCAGACUAGUGGUACCAGUACGUACUUGUACUUGCGGAUUUGAUGCGAUUGAGCUAGAAGCAGCACGGCAAUGUCAACGUCAGGCAAGCCUACACAGACCUAAGUGCUUCCAACUGUGUGGGCAGCGCAAUAACACGAAUCAAAUAACUUCGAAAUCACAGCAUGUUUAAGCAGCCAUCUCCUAUACAACCAAUCAUUGUCUGAUCAGAAAGGCCGAAUAUUGGUCAGAAAGAGGUAGUGUAUGCCUUACAAUGCUAUGACGGUGCAAUGUGCAAUCAU